CUCGCUUUCGCUAUGCAGGUUAGUAAACCGUAUGUUAUUUAUUCUAAAAAAUCAAGUGAUUACUUUCUCGUACAGCUGCCGAGCCCGCAGUGUUGUGUGUCUCUUGCCAUUGAGUGCGUUGAAGUCAUGCAUUCCUUGUUAGUGGUAUUGUUGUCUGGCGACGUAGAGACCAACCCGGGACCUACGGAAGCUAUACUUGUUGAAUUAAAAAAACUGUCUGUCGGGCAGGCUCGGAUAAUUUCCCAGGUACAAGACCUCAAAGCCCAACUGCAAACUACGGACAGAAAUAUAGCCAACCUGAAUGAGCGAAUGGCUGAACUAGAGGUUCAUUACAAAAAAAUUGACACCUUGCAAUCGGACCUCGAGACGGCACGCGCUGAUACCGCUCAAACAUCCCAUAUGGUUUUAGAGAUGAACGCCCGAAUGGACGAUGCUGAAAACCGCUCGCGAAGAAACAAUUUAAUAUUUUACGGCGUUCCUGAUCCCGUCCCACAUGAGACUUCUGUCCAGUCCGAAGAAAAAAUAAUUAAGUUAUGCUCUGAUCAUCUCCACGUGACGCUUGAACCUACAGAUAUAGAGCGAGCUCACCGUCUCGGCCAUCACACAAACGGACGCUGUCGCCCAUUAAUCGUGAAACUAACUUUUUUUAAAACCAAGGAGGUCAUUCUUUCGAACGGCCGUAAGUUAAAGGGCACCGUCUUUAGCAUUGGCGAAGAUUUCUCGCGCCCCGUCCAAAAAGCCCGGAAGCAGUUAGUUACAUUUGCUAAAAACAAGGCAGUCCCAUUCUCGCUACGCUACAAAACAUUAUUCAUUGGCAAACAACGUUAUAUGUUUGACGAGUUGUCACAAACUGUCAAAGAAAUUGCAUAACAAUCACCAAUCUAUCAACGAC